AUGUCGAAUGUAAAGACCGCCAUGGAUACCUCCAACGAGGAAUCCCAGCUGAGCUACAAUGCCUCAACCUCAUCCUCCUGUGCGGCUGGCAAGGAGCAUGCGACGACUCCCCCAAUAACACCCAUUGGAAGUCCCACUGCCCUGGGUAUGGGUGCGUUCGCGAUCGCCUUCACUACGCUCUCCAUGAGCCUAAUGGAGUGGCGGGGCGCCGCUAUUACAAACGCAUACAUCGGCAACUGUUUCUUCACAGCGGGCCUGGGCCUGGUGUUAGUCGCGCAGUGGGAGCUCGUCCGUGGGAACUCAUAUGGCCAUACGGUGUUUGGGGGCUUCGGUCUAUUCAAUCUUGCUUUCGGCGCCAUCAAUGCCCCUGCAUUUGGGGUGGCGGAUGCUUUCAAGGAUGAUCCAGCGGCCUUGAGCAAUGCGCUUGGGUACUUUCUGCUAGUCUGGGGAGUAUUCGUCCUCUUCUUCACAAUCGCUGCUAUGCCCAUGAACCUGGUGUACACUGCCAUGUUGGGAACAUCGCAGAUCACAUAUACCCUUCUCGCUGCAUCGUAUUUCGCCAUGGCGGACGAGAAGGCGACGGCAGGCGUCGGGCUGAAGAAGGCUGCUGGGGCUUUUGGAUUCGUCUCCGGCUUGUUGGCGUGGUAUGUGGUGGCCCAUCUGAUGUGUCAGGAUGCUCUGUUUUUCUCUUUUCCUCUGGGGGAUACGAGCCGUUUGUAUGCUCGCUUGCGGCGGAAUAGGUGA